CCGAGAGAACCCGUCAGAAGCAGAGAAGAGGCCCUCGUCGGCUCCGUUCAUGGAUGACCCCUGGCCUCUGGACCGGCUCCGUCUCCGUCUCUGACCGCACACUCGUCCAGUCUGUUCCAGGAUGAGCUGUAAGGUGGCGCUAUGGCUGCUGCUCGCCGGCCUGCUGUGCGUCGCCUCCACCGGCCGUAAGACCCGACCGCAGGGAUCCAUCCCGUCGCCCCACAAAACCGGCUCCAACACCUCAGACCGGCGCACCCGCAAACAGGAAGUGCUGGCCUCCAGCCAGGAAGCUCUGGUGGUGACGGAGCGCAAGUACCUGAAGAGCGACUGGUGCAAGACGCAGCCGCUACGGCAGACGGUCAGUCAGGAGGGCUGCAAGAGCCGCACCGUCAUCAACCGCUUCUGCUACGGCCAGUGCAACUCCUUCUACAUCCCGCGGCACGUCAGGAAGGAGCAGGAGUCCUUCCAGUCCUGCACCUUCUGCAGGCCGCAGCGCUUCACCAGCCUCACUGUGGAGCUCGACUGCCCCGACCUGCAGCCGGCUGUCCGCUACCGCAAGAUCCAGCGUGUCAAGCAGUGCCGCUGCAUGUCCGUCAACAUGUCUGAGUCUGGGAAACAGUGAGAUCCUGACGACGUUCCACUGGAAAGUCCUGCUGCUAAUCUGAGCUGAAAGACUGCAAGGCUUCAUCACGUCAUCGCAAGACUGUCCUGCUGGACACCGGUCAAUAUUGGUCAGCACUAGUGUCCAACAGUCACUACUGAUCACUAUCGGUCAGUACUAGUGCCAACGGUCACCACUGAUCACUAUCGGUCAGCACUAAUGCCAAGUCACCACUGAUCACUAUCGGUCAGCACUAGUGCCAACGGUCACCACUGAUCACUAUCGGUCAGCACUAAUGCCAAGUCACCACUGAUCACUAUCGGUCAGCACUAGUGUCCAACAGUCACCACUGAUCACUAUCGGUCACCAAUGGACACUAAGUCAUCAUUAGUCACUAUCGGUCAUCAUCGGACACCAUCAGUCACCUAUGGUCUCAAACAGUCACUAGAGAGUGUGUGGAAAUGACUGACGUGCAGAGAAUUGACUAAACACUGAACUCUAUCCAGGAGCUGCUGCCUGUGUGACGACUGAUGAUAGUGAACACCAAACAUGCAUAACUAGACUGAUUAUAGAGAUUCUAUGGAAAUAUG